GAGGCUUCCGGUUCCGGCCGGGCCUGUGCGAGCCGCGCCUGGCAGUGCCCCCUUACCCCUACCCCGGAGGGACCAGAGACGCCCCCCCCCGCUUAUCCUGGGGGCAAGGCAAGGGCCAGGGGGCUCCCCCCCGAAUCCAAUCCUGCCGCACAGGGACCAGCCCCUACCCGGGGCGCGGAGGAGGCUGGGGCAGCGCCACAUACCGGCUGUGCCCCCUCCCGGGCGGAGAUGGAAGCCAAUGCAGCCAGCGAUGAGGGUGUGCAUUUCCAGAGCUACCCCUUCGACUUCCUGGAGUUCCUGAACCACCAGCGCUUCGAACCUAUGGAGGCUUAUAACCACGAGCACGCCAAAGCCGUCGCUUCCCUCCCCUGCCCGCAGCCACAGUACGAGUACGCCCAGCCGCCUACCGCCGCCCCUCCUACUCACUUUGACCGCGUCCCUCCAACCGUCGGCACCUCCAAGCCCAAAACCGAGGGUCCCUCCUCCUCUUCCUCCUCCACCGCUUCUGCCAACGUUCAAGUCAAGAAACCCGACCCCGGGGGCCCCGCGUCACAGCAGCAGCCAUCCCAACAGCAACCACAACCCCCGUACAGCGCUCCAGCGGUGGUUCCACCAACAGGCCAGCCUCUCUUUGAUACUACAGCAGCUGCAGCCGCUGCCGCAGCUGCCUACAACACUCCUCAGUGGGGUAUUGUGGACCUUUCCGGCCACCAGCACCUCUUUAACAGUCUGAAACGUGGACAGGUGCCCCCGCAGGCCACCUCCUCUGUAACCCCGGACAGCCAGUCCCUCAAGGACGACAAGAACUAUUUCCGGCGCUUGAAGUACUUCAUCGAUCGGCGCUUCCCGUGUGGAGUGUGCCAGAAGUCUUUCAAGCAGUCGUCCCACCUGGUGCAGCACAUGCUGGUGCAUACGGGCGAACGGCCGUACGAGUGCACCACCUGCGGGCGCACCUACAAUCACAUCUCCAGCCUCAUCCGGCACCGGCGCUGUCACAAGGACACCGAGGAUGCCACAGCGGCUGCCAACGUAGCGGCGGCCGCCAAUGCGGCUGCGGCCGCCGUGGCUGCAGCUGCUGUGGCCAGCGCCGUAGCUAACCCUGGUGCCGAGGGAGCCUCCCAAGCUUCCUCCCAAAGCAGCAACCCGCAGGUGGUGCCGGCACCGACUGGGGCAAUGGCUGCCUCUGCUCUGGGUGCCGCCAUCGCUCAGACAGAGGGCCCUUUCACCUGCUCUCUGUGCUGGAAGGUGUUUAAAAAGCCAAGCCACUUGCACCAGCACCAGAUCAUCCACACCGGCGAGAAGCCGUUCUCGUGCUCCGUCUGCCAGAAAAGCUUCAACCGCCGCGAGAGCCUGAAGCGUCACGUGCGCACCCACUCGGAUCUCCUGCGAGUCCAGUGCGGGGUGUGCGGCAAGGAGUUCCGGGAUGCCUCCUACCUGCUCAAACACCAGGCCACCCACGCCCCGCCCGGAACCAUCCCCCCGCGCCCGGAAUACAAGUGUGACAUCUGCGGCAAGGGCUACGUGGCUCCCCAGAACCUCCUGCGCCACCGGCAGCUGCAGCACGAGGGAGCCCAACUGACCAAGGACGGCGCGAACGCUGCGUUGUCUUACUUGCCGCCAGGCGCGUAUCUCCUUCCCCAAGACGGUCAGGCUACCAGUUCUGAUGGAGACACCAAGCCUGCAACGUAUGGGCUCUUGGGCGCCCACCCGCUGCUGGUGGGGACGGCAGCGGGCAAGAAUUUCUGCUGCGGGAUUUGUGGCCGUGGGUUUGGCCGGAGGGAGACGCUCAAACGGCACGAACGGAUCCACACAGGCGAGAAACCCCACCAGUGCGCCGUGUGCGGGAAGCGCUUCCGCGAAUCCUUCCACCUCAGCAAACACCACGUGGUGCACACGCGGGAGAGGCCCUACAAAUGUGAUAUCUGUGGGAAGGUUUUUGGUUACCCGCAGAGCUUAACCCGCCACAAACAGAUCCACCGGCUGCAGCUGCCUUGCUCUUUGCCCCCCAUGGGGCCUUCGCUGACACCCAUGGGACCCUCGCUGCCUCCACCUCCUGAGGGGCUGACCUACGGGUGUUCUGACUGCGGAGAGCGCUUCCCUGACCUCUUCCACGUCAUGAGCCACAAGGAAGUCCACGUGGCUGAGAAGCCAUACCCGUGCGAUGCCUGCGGCAAGUGCUUUGGCUUCAUUGAGAAUCUCAUGUGGCACAAACUGGUCCACCAGGCGGCUCCUGAGCGGCUCCUGCCCCCGGACGAGACAGCUGCAGCCGUGGCGCCCCUGGAGAACGGGCUUGCCGGUGGCGACAGUACGGUGGCAUCUUUUGAGGAUCACCACCCCACCUUGCCAAGCGGGGAACGCUUCUCCUGCUCCAUCUGUGGCCAGACCUUCAAGCAUUUCCUGGGGCUGGUCACCCACAAGUACGUGCACCUGGUGCGCCGCACACUGGCCUGUUCAGUGUGCGGACAGAGCUUUGCGGGGGCCUACGACCUGCUGCUGCAUCGCCGCACUCACCUGCAGAAACGCCAUUUCUCUUGUCCGGUCUGCGGCAAGCGCUUCUGGGAGGCGGCCCUCCUGAUGCGCCACCAGCGGUGCCACACAGAGGAGCGCCCGUACCGCUGUGCCGUCUGUGGCCGUGGCUUCCUGCGCUCGUGGUACCUGCGCCAACACAAGGUGGUGCACACCGGCGAGCGGGCCUACAAAUGCGCUCUCUGCAACAAGCGCUUCGCGCAGUCGUCCAGCCUGGCCGAACAUCAGCGCCUCCACGUGGUGGCCCGGCCCCAGCGCUGCCCCACCUGCGGCAAGACCUUCCGCUACCGCAGCAACCUCCUGGAGCACCAGCGAGUCCACCUGGGCGAGAAGGUCUACCGCUGCGACCGCUGCUCCAAGAGCUUCUUCUACCUGUCGUCCAUCCUGCGCCACCAGCGCUCCCACGAUGCCAAGCGCGAGCUGCGCUGCGGAGCCUGCCUCAAGCUCUUCAAGGACCCCAAGUAUUUCAGCAAACACCUCCAGGCUCACCAGGGCGGGCGGCCCUUCAAGUGCAGCACCUGCGGGGAGGCCUUCUCCAACACCUAUGGUCUCAAGAAGCACCGCCACAUCCACAAGAUGGAGCGCUUUGCUGCCAUGGGGGCCCCCAAGGAACAACAUCCCUAGUGUUGAGAGAGCUACAGGAAAGAUGGGUGGUCCCAGGGCAGGAAAGGGGGCUAGUUCCAGGUUAUUGUAAGCCAUAAAGGGAGGGGGGGGGGAGUUUCCAUAUCGUAAGCAAAACGUGCUCGUUUGAAGUGAGGUGGCACCGUUGGGGAUGGGUUGGGUGGGGCAAGCCACGUCAAACCAGAGAGGGGAUGCACAAGGGCUUAACGAGGAAGGACAGUUGCUACACUGUGGCCUGCUACUGCUCUGUUCCCUAUAACAAAAAUACCCGUAAUCCUUUCCACCACAGAUUCUCCAGGGUGAUGGGGGGGGGGGAUGAUUGCUACACAGUCAACCGGUUCCCCACGGAGAGCGGAAGUGGCUUUGGACAUGGAAGUCUUGGGAAGAGAGGGCGGGGGUGGCUGAAGGGCGGUGUUUCUGUCCUAAGGCCAAUUGCUGAAAGGGAACAGAAGCCAAACUGGGUUCCCAUCUGCAGGAAAGCCUGGUGCUUUCUGCAGUCCCCUUUAGCCACUGUGGAAUGUUAGAACCACCACACCCUAGAAGAACGAUGGUACAGUCGCUUCAGUGUGCCGUUAAGGGUUACAUUUUUGAACGUCCCCUCGCAUAACUCUUCCUGCACAUGGAAAGUUAGACUGUCAGGGAGAAGGGUUUGGGCACAGCACCCCUGAUGUGCCACCUUUCCAUUGGCAGGGGGAAUUGAAUACGGAGAGCAUUCAGACAUGCGAUUUCCCUAGCUGAAUUCUAAAAUGUCAGUCCCAGGAGGGGACUGUGUUACACAAGAGUUAUUUUUACCAACCGGUGAAUUCGCCUUCAGAAGGUAGUAAGUGCAAACGCAUCUUUGGUUGUCCCGUUUGAAGACCGUGGCAUGCGCCUUCUCUUUUGAGUUAGUCAGUGCUCCAGAAUGUGGAGAUUUUUGUAUUAUCCAAUGUGCCGUUGCACCUAGCUAAAUGAACCCCACCCCAUUAAUGCCAAAUGCCUUUUCUGAAGCUACGAAUAGAGCGGGCCGGCUGUGGGGGCUGUGGCAGGUGGUCAUUCAUGCACAGGCCAAGCCCCGCUUGUUUUGUGUAGCCCCACCCCCUCAGCUCCAUUGGUUGAGCCAGGAAAGCAAACUGAAUCGGUGACCACUCAUAACCCAGGCCAGGAUGACAUGUCACUUCUGCUUCUCCAUAUCCAUCUGUUGACGUUCAUUCUCUCCUCUGAGGCCUGAACCACGGGCCCCUCCCUUGCCCAGCAUUUCGUCUUCCCCAGACCUUCAAAUCUAAUGCCCGCUUGCCACUGUGCCGCUGGCGCGCCUCAUAGUAACAUCCUCAUAGUCCUGUCAUGGAACUACACCUCCAAAGAGGGGACCCUGAUGUAAUACAGACGAAAGAGAUUCUUGCUAUUGGUCUGGCUUCCCUGUGUUUCUCCUGUGUUCUCUUCCCCACAACCCCCUGCCAAUUUUUCUUCUUUCAGCAAAUUGUGGGGCACAUCAUAGCUCGGGGUGUGUGUGUGUGUGUGUGUGGCCGAUGUACUACAAACAACCAAAGAGUUCUAAAAGCGCCUCUUUUCCUCCUUUGGACACUAUGCCGGACAUUCCAUUCUCCUUAUAGUAUAUCCUUCCAUCCCCCCCCCCGCGCACACACCCCUUUGUGAUCUAGGUAGGGAAUUUGGUGCAGCAUUUGGCGAUCCAGCGUUCCAUUUAAACCAGCUGGAUGGAUGUAGGUUGAAGAAAGGGAGAUGCAUUUUUGCAGGGGAAAAGAUACCUCGUGACAAAACGUUGGACCGACUGACCGGUCCAGCCAGGCUAAUGUCUUGCCUCCUGCAGUGAUGGGUUCUGGAUCGUCAUUUUUUUUAAAAAAAAACAACCUUUAUCUUGAAGUUUAAAAAAUGAGCAUGUGGCGAAAAUCCAGUGGACUCUUUCUGCUUCUGUCUGCCUUACGUGGAAACCAUUUUUCCAUGUAUUCUUCCCUGGCCUCCUAAUUUAAACAUUGCUUUUUUAAAAAAAAUCCCUUUACGAAUACACUGUCCCUCUUUAUCCCAUAUCUACUUAUCAGAAGUAGCUCUUCUGCAUUUUAGUUGAGUAGCGUAUCCACAGAAAUCCCGUGGAAAGGAAUGAUAAUCUCCAAACGUUUUGGACUCCAAAGGCUAAUCUGUGUGCCACCAACCUUUUACUCUCGAUAAAAUGAGUUAAUUGACCUACCCAGCGAGUGAAUUGUCAAAUUCUGCUUUCCCGAUUGAACAGUGAAACUAAGGAGAUGGGGGGGGGGGAGAGAGAGAGAGAGAGAGAAAAGUUUUAUGCUUUCUCACAAGAGAAAAUACUGCUUCAGAAUCACCCCACCAUCUGCCUUUGGCCCAAGCACGUGGACUUCCAAUGGAAUUUCUCCUUGAGUAAUUGACAGGUCUGGAAUGUACGAGACAAGUUUCACAAUUCACUGUGAAAUUCCUGCUUCAGUGGAAAACGGAUUUUAUAGCGUUCAGCCAGGUGUUGCUUAUGUUCACAAUAGUGACCUGUUUCCUACAAACGAGAACGUGUAGUCUCUCUUUUCUAGGUGUCUUUUUAAAGUUUCCUGCCCUCGCUUAAUAUGGCUUAGUUAUCCUUAACACCCUUUUAGUACUCAUUGUUAAAAUGAUUAGAAAGUGACAUUCGUUCAGUGCAUAUUUUUGGGAUGAGGGGGGGAAGAGGACAGAGCAGGAAGAAUGCGAGUUCUUUUCUAGCCACGGCAGAAUGUGGGCACGUAGAACUCGCUAGCAAAGGCUCACCUGACCCUGAUAAUGUUGCUUCGGAGCUCUUUAACAAGGGAUAUUUGCAGUCUUCCUUUCAAGGAGUUGUUUCAUUUUCUCCAGGUAUAAGUUUCUGUUCUCUGCAGCGGGUGGGAUUUUGCUUGCUGGUACAAUGUGAUGUGAAUUAGCCUCUGAAACACAUCGCUGUCACGAUCAAUAGGACAGACAAGUAUCUCUGGAAAGGGAGCCAAUGGAUUUUAGAGCAAAAGGCAUGGGUAGCAGAACGCUUUGGGUUGAGACCUGUGGUGGAGACUGGUAGGAACAUAGACAUUGGAGUUCUGGGUUUUUAUUCUGGUUGGGAAGCAAGAGUUUUCUGGCAUACCCAUCUUGGUUUAGAGAAUAUGAUCAAGUUUUCCUUUUGCAUUGCUCUGGAAUACCCCUAGUUGGAUUCUGCACCCUGAAUUGUGUACUGCUAGGAUGCCACGUCGUGUGGGUAUCUGUUGACACUAAACUCCUCUGCCUGUGAAUUGGAAUUGCGAAGCAGGGACUGGGGAAGAGAUUCCAUCUGAGACACCACAACCCACGCAGCCAUUGACCAAGAACUACUUCUGCCCUUCCAGUUUUUUGGGGGGAGAAUUUGGGAUGUUGUGAUUAUGACUUAAUGGCAGGAUACUCUUCUUGUACUGGCCAAACUGGGAGACGGAUAUGCCUGAGACAAGACUCAAAAAAACCCCAGACUGCAGCUGUUCCAUCCUUUGGAUGAAGAUUCAUGUCGUCAACUGAACCCAGCCCUUCAUUAUCAUGUUAGCAGAUGACUUUUUUAUAUUAAUACAGAUAUAUAAAUGCAUACAUUAUAUAUAAAUUCUUCUUUUCUAACUACCCCCCCUUUUCUUCCUUUGGCCACAGAGCGCAGUUCCUUUGGUGCCAAGAUAUCCUCUGUGUUAACCAAGUGUACUAAAAUAUGUAUAGAACCCCUUCUCAUCACCCGUGCAGCUUUUGGGCCUGGACUGUGACAAACCCUCGUUGUACCCCUUGGGAACUGUACAGUGUGUGUGUUUCUCAGUCAAGGUGGGGGGACUGCCGCGUGUUCGUGUUUUAAACCAAGCAGUUGCUAAAAGUGUCUGAUUUACAAUGUACAGACUAAACAAACAUUAAAACGAGAAAAAAGGGGGGAAACGUCUGUGCCGUGCCUUGAAUGGGAGCUGGGCUUGUUUACCUCAGAGGCCCCCUGCUUUUUUGGGCCUGCAGGCACCUUUGGGAUUCCGAUACGGGGUGGGGAGGGGGGAGCAAUCACAAAAUGGCUGCCCCAGGAGGUGGAGUCAACCACACAGUAUCCGGGAGCAAGGUUGUAUAUAACUCACAGUAACUCUUCAGCAUUUCUUUUUCUGUAACUCUUUUGUGGAUAAAAUAAAAAUUAUUUUUAAAAAACA